AUGGAGACUCCGUGUAGCUGCUGUCUGUUGCGUCCCGCGGACAAGGACCUGCAGACGCCGUACACCCGGCUCGGCGCGCCCGAGAUCUACUCGCACAUGCUACGAGAAUGCUUCGGCAUUUACUUGAAACUGAGUUGUGAUGGCUCAUACGGAAUCUGCUUGGUGUGUUUGGGCCGUCUGCGUGAUGCAAGUGACUUUAAACUGCAAGUGCAGCAUACUCAGGCGGAACUGCAGGCCCGGCUGCAGGGAGGGGUGCAUGUUAAAGAAGAAGAAUUAGCAGUGGAAUUGGAAACGGAGGACGAAGCUGACGCCAGUGACGAGCCGGUGUUGAUUGAAUUAGACGUCGCCGCUGAAGCGAGGACAGAGCCGGUGCUGUUUGUGUCCGCCCGCGCGCGGGAACAGCUCGCGCAGGCUUGCCGCGUGAGGCUCGAGCGCCUCCGCGACUCCCCGCGCGCGAGCCAGCCGCGUCCCGCGACACCACACCGCGCGCCGAGCCCCGCCCGCAGCGUGCAGGACGCGCCUCACACACCCGCCGCCGGCGCCGACCCACAACCCUACACCUGCGACACUUGCCAGACACACUUCACAGACAAGUCCACAUUAAUCACACAUAUACAGAACCAUACCACACGAACAGACGAGAGUGAAAAAGUCUUGGUUGGACAUGAUGGAAAGAAACCAUAUGUAUGUAAAGUUUGUAACAAACGGUUUGCAUAUAGAGGGGGUUUAAAUACUCAUAAGAAAAUUCACAGUGGAGUGAAACCAUACGUAUGUAAGGUUUGUAAUAAGCGGUUUACACAAAACGGGCAUUUAAAAAGACAUUUGGCAAGUCACAGUGGAGUGAAGCCAUACGUAUGUAAGGUUUGUAGUAAGCGAUUCACACAAAAACAGUCGUUACAUUAUCAUGAGAAUAUUCACAGUGAAGUGAAACCAUACUCGUGUAAGGUUUGUAACAAGGGGUUUAUACGAAUAGGGCAUUUAAAAACACAUGAGAAUUAUCACCGUGGAGUCAAACCAUACAUAUGUAAGGUUUGUAACAAACGGUUCACACGUAGCGAGGGUUUAAAUUACCAUGAGAAAACUCACAGUGGAGUCAAACCAUACAAAUGCAGAGACUGUAACAUGCAAUUUACAGCAAAAACUAAUUUAGAUCGUCAUGAGAGAACAUUACACAGGGGAGUGAAAGCAUACAUAUGUAAGGUUUGUAGCAAGCGAUUCGCAUCAAAACCGUCCUUACAUUCCCAUGAGAAUAUUCACAGUGGAGUGAAACCAUACGCGUGUAAGGUUUGUAACAAGCGAUUUGCACAUAGAGGGGGUUUAAAUAACCAUGAGAAAACUCACAGUGGAGUCAAACCAUACGUAUGUAAGGUUUGUAGUAAGCGAUUCACAAGAAAACAGUUAUUACAUUCCCAUGAGAAUAUUCACAGUGGAGUCAAACCAUUCGUAUGUAAGAUUUGUAGUAAGCGAUUCACAACAAAACAGUCAUUACAUUGCCAUGAGAAUAUUCACAGUGGAGUCAAACCAUACACAUGUAAGGUUUGUAACAAGCGGUUUACACAAAGACAGAGUUUAAAAACACACGAGAGAACUCACAGUGGAGUCAAAUCAUACAAAUGUAGAGAAUGUAACAAGCUAUUUACAACAAAAAGUAAUUUAAAUCGUCAUGAGAGAAUACACAAUGGAGUGAAACCAUACAGUUGUGAGGAAUGUAAUGAAGGAUUUACAAGCAAAGAUAAUUUAGAUGCACACAGAAGAAGAGCCCACAAUGGUACCACGCCAUACAAAGGCUUAGGCUGGACACAAAAAGGGACUUUAGAAAAUAAUACAACAACUCAACACAGCUAUGAAGAAAGUGACAAACAUUUAAAUGAAAUGAGUUCAGAUGCGCAUGUUGGAGUGAAACCGUACAGUUGUGAGGAAUGUAACAACAAGUUUACAUCACAGUGUGAGUUAGAGAGACAUAAAAGAAUCCACACCGGUGAGGAGUCGUACGAGUGCGAGAUAUGUGAAUCUUUAUUUUUUGAUGAAGCCAGUUUAAUAACACAUGUUAAUACUCACACGACCAAAAUAGUAAAGUCUUGAUAAGUUGGUUCUUAAAGUCGUUAGACAACUCCGUAUAAUGGGGUCAGUUAACCUAGUGAUCUGUUGGUCUAGUUGGAAGUAAAAUCUAAACAAACAUGCCAUUAGUUUGUUAGCUGACACAGGUGCCGCUGCACUGAGCUGUACGUUUCGUGGUUCCCGAAUUGAGCGCCAUGUUCUGACAACCACACCUGCCGCAUAAUACACGGAGCGGAACCUACACCACCAUCUAACUUUUCAAGUUCGAAGCACAAAUGUAUUUUAGGCUUUACAUCGAUACAAUUAUUUGUUUAGUUAUUUAUUAGGAUCACCAACAGAAGAUAAAAUUUACAUACUAAAUGGGCACAUUUAUUAUUGAUCCGCCACGUAAGGCUACUUUAGGUCUUUCAUUGUACUACAUAGUGCAGGAUUAAGACAUUUCGAUGCCCUAAAUUAUUCGGGCCCAAUGCCGCACCAUAGCACCACCCCUCUGACCGGGCACAUUUCUGAGAUUGCGGAAUCCGGCACUGAUAACACUUAGAUAUAAUGUAGCGUAUUCCUGCACCUGCGCAGCUCACAUUGUGUACGUACGCUGCUGACGCUCGCUCGCUGUGUGCCAGUGUGCAUAUAUAUUAUGUAUACUUCAUUAUUGCGCGCUUUGGUUUGAUUUGGCGCGCAUACCACAUGUUACACUACAUGUAACUUAUCGCAUUAAGUGAAGUAUGUUAGUUUGGGUGCGGCAGGGUGUAUGGACUGUAAUCUUUGUUUACUAAUGGAUUUAAAAUAAUAUUGAAUCUCUAAGACCAUAGGUUAUAGGACUUAAAGGAGAAGAUGUAAUGUAAAAACAAGUCUGUUAAUUUUAUUCACUGAAGUGUUAUCUACCGCUCCAUAGAAUUCAACUGUCAUAGACUGUUACCUAACAAUGAUUAAUUAAUUAACUGUUAUAGUGACCAUUGUACCUAAUCUAAUAUUGAUUAGACAUCUUGUAGCUCACAAGAGCAACGUGUUUUAUAUUUCAUCAAUUUCGUGCGUUGGGCCGCUUUUAUUUUUCGUGUGUGUGUGAGUUUACUCGACGCCAUGUUUGUGUAUGAACCUAUUGAAAUUACUUUAUAAUGUGCCUCAUCGAAAUAAAACUGGGAUAACU